AUGCAAAGCAUUAACAUUAACAACUAUGCUUUCAAACUAGCAGCAUAUGCAGACGAUUUGACAGUGGGAAUCAGCUCCACAACAGACUGGGAUAGCUUCACAAAUACUAUUAACAAAUAUAAAAAAGCAUCAAAUGCUAAGAUCAACAAACACAAGUCUAUUUUGAUCCCACUUACAGAAAAUGAUCGCAAAACUCAAUUAAAAGAAGCAGAAAUACUGCAAGUACAUGACACUGAUAAACCUCUAACAAUCCUGGGAUAUGAAGCAGAUAUUACUGGCAGCCUAUCCAAAAAUAUUUGGCAAAAAAUGGGAGGACUAGAAGCUCCAGUUUUAAAAGAUAUACUAGACUUAAGACUGGUCUUAGUUUGGAUUAAACUCCUCUCAAGCAAUCACUUUUGGGCCAAAGCUGAAAGAAAUACUAUUCAAACAGGAAUUCAGAACAAAAGAAGUAUAUCAAUAAAGGCAAUUAGAACUAAAGAACAAGUAGUAGCAAUGAACAAUUGGCCUUGGCCUCUAGAAGACCUAAAAAUAGAACAAGCCACAGCUGACAAUUACUCAGUUAAGAUAUGUACAGAGGCCCUACGCAAGGAACUACCACCAGCUCCUACUUUGUUGCUUAAUGCAGAAACCCCACAACAGGAGUUAAGCGUUUGGAUCAAGAUGAGAUCUAUCCAGAACAAGAAAAAGGAUAUUUUCUGGCGAUUGUUACAUAGAGCACUCCCAUUAGGCCGAAGUAUAUGGGAACAAGGAUACAAAAUGCUAAAAAACUAUACCAAAGAUCCACAACCAAACUUGAUGAAGGAAAUUUUCCUGGCUACUAACAUUAGAAACCCCAAGAAACACCAUGCAGCAAUCUGGGUUCAUAUCCAUACAAUUUAUGAAAUUUGGCUUUGA